AGAUCAGCUGUGCAGUAGCUAUAAGCAGAGCACAUGAAGAACUGAAACAAGAAGCGAUCUUUAUCCGCGCUGCGUCCUCCGACAAACACAGCCGCUGCGCCGAGGCUCCAGACCGAGUCAUUACAGAGAGUCGAGUCGCUCGGACGUGUGUCAAGGUGGAUUAUGACUCGACCUCUUUAUAGUGUCACUGCUCGGUUCAUAUGAAUCAUUACAGAAGACUCGGUUCAUUCGGAGCGGCUCGGUCAUCGGCUCGCGCGGAGUCGGUUCGGCUCGCGGCGCAGUGAGUGUCGGUGUCGGUGAGAGAGAGAGUCGCUCUUACUGUAAGCACUGAGCGAAGCAGAUAUUCCUGUGGCGGGAAAGCAGGCUCUCACAUCCAUGCUGCUGUCGGUUCCGGUAAAUGCGCUCGAGGAAUGCGGGCUACACGCGCGUCUGGCUGAUCGCAGACCUGCUGAUCGUUGACAUCAUGACGGCGGAGUUCAGUAACCUGACAGCGCUCAUGAACAACGUGAGCGAGUUUUCCAACCACACGGCAAGAUGCUCGUUAACCAAGACCGGCUUUCAGUUUUACUAUCUCCCCAUCGUCUACAUCAUCGUGUUCAUCGCAGGCUUUAUCGGGAACAGCUUGGCCAUAUGGAUGUUCGUGUGCCACAUGAGGCCCUGGAGCAGCAUCUCCGUCUACAUGUUCAACCUGGCGCUGGCGGAUUUUUGUUACGUGCUCUCGCUUCCGUUCCUCAUCUUCUACUACUUCAACAAAACAGACUGGAUUUUCGGAGACGUCUUAUGCAGACUGCAGAGGUUCAUCUUCCACGUGAAUCUCUACGGAAGCAUCCUGUUCCUCACGUGCAUCAGCGUGCACAGAUACUCCGGCGUCGUGCAUCCGCUCAAAUCGCUCGGGAGGCUGAAAAAGAAGAACGCCGUUCGCACCGUCGCGCUCGUUUGGUUCAUAGUCGUGGUCGGCAUCUCUCCCAUCCUUUACUACUCGCGAACCGGCCCUAAGAAGGGGUUAACGACGUGCUACGACACCACGACCGAAGACGAGCUGCCUGGAUACUUCAUCUACAGCAUGUGCAUGACGGUGUUCGGCUUCUGCAUCCCGUUCAUCAUCAUCUUCAGCUGCUACGGCGGCAUCGUCAAAGCCCUCAUCUGCAACGACAUGGACAACGCGCCGCUGAGGAAGAAGUCGAUAUACCUGGUCAUCAUCGUGCUCACGGUGUUCGCCGUCUCCUACCUGCCCUUCCACGUCAUGAAGAACCUGAACAUGCGAGCCAGACUGUACUUCCAGAGCGCGGAUAUGUGUGCCUUCAACGACCGCGUGUACGCCAGCUACCAGGUGACCCGCGGCCUGGCCAGUCUCAACAGCUGCGUGGAUCCUAUCCUGUACUUUCUGGCCGGAGACACGUUCAGACGCAGGCUGUCCAGAGCCACCAAAAAGUCCUUAAGGAAGGGAGAUCACCCCCUGCAGUCCAAGAGCGAGGAGACGGCGCUGAACAGCCUGCCGGAGUCCGUCCAGAACGGGGACAAGCGGGUCUGAGAGACCGUCCAGACUGAUGCUUUAUAGAUGUAGAGUAUUUGAAAUCAUCGUACUGUACUCUGGUCAGUGUUAUACUCGUGUGUAGCUUUUAACGUUUUCGUCUAAUGUGAUUUUACUGAAUGAGCAACCACUAACUGACCGUCUCAUGUUUUAAACAGUCACAAACAUAACAAGCACUGGCGUUUAGGUGAGGACUGUUGUGUUUUCUGUGAAUAGUCAAGAUGCACUAGAUACUUCCACAUCAUUAAUUCUCUACCUGUUUGCUUAAAGCAUCCGAGAUGUGUUUGUGAAUUGAUAUUUAUUCUGCUGUUACUGAUGUGUGACUCAAAAGAAUAUCAGCCCAUGAAUUAUGAAGGGACUCUUAUAGCCAUGUUUUAAAUAGUCGAUAAAUACUGUAAUGUAUUUCACUUUAAUGAGAUGUAGUAUUUAAAGCUAAAACAAAUACAGAGGCCUAAAUGAAAAGUACAUUAAUGGCUCUUUAUUAUCAGGUCUACCAAAAACGUUGGGUUGCAGAAGAAUUGUAGUCAUGUAUUAUUUCUCGCCUUUUGUUUAAUUAACCUGUUUUUUGAAAAUGUGUCGUUUAACAAUUAGACGUAACAAUACUCGUCAAAGGUUUGGAAUAAUUGAGAUUUUUUCUGCUCACCAAGGCUGCAUUUAU